GUGAUGGCGGCGGGGCUUGCCUGCCUGUGCGUGAACCUGGAGCAGUUCACCCGACAUGGUACGCAGAUUUGAUCUGAUCCAUCCGGAGAUCCGGUCCGCCCACGGCCCCACCCACAAACGACAAAGGGCGCUGCCUGUCCUCUCCUCGGCGCCUCUGGAUGGUCCUCCUCUCCGUCGACGGACUGCGCCGGCCCCAGCCGCGCAAAGUCCUCUCCUCUCCUUUGUCGCAUUGCCAAAAAGGUCUGCCGAUUCAUCACGCGUCCAUGACUUGAGUGGGAGUGCUGUGGAUGAGAGGCCGGUUCAGCUGUCAGCUCAGUUCCAUCGUCUUGUGUUUCCAAGCAUGCAUAUGCAUGGUUAAGCAACCAGUAUAAUCUGCGCGUGCAGGCCCCAUCUUCACCUACUCCAUCGGAAGCAUGGUGUUCCUGCACGCCAGCCGGUCCGACGUGGUCCGGGACCUCUGCCUCAGCGUGUCGUCGCUGGACCUCGGCAAGAGCUCCUACAUGAAGGUCACGCACCGGCCGCUCUUCGGCGACGGCAUCCUCAAGUCCAGCGGCGAGGCCUGGGCGCACCAGCGGAGGCUCAUCGCGCCCGAGUUCUUCCCGGACAAGGUGAAGGGCAUGGUGGACCUCAUGGUCGGCUCGGCCACGGCGCUGGUGGCGUCGUGGGGGGACAGGACGGGCGGCGGAGGCGUGGAGCUCAAGAUCGACGACGACAUCAGGGCCUACUCCGCCGACGUCAUCUCCAGGACGUGCUUCGGCAGCAGCUACGUCAAGGGCAAGAGGAUCUUCGCGGCGAUCAGGGAGCUGCAGAAGGCGGUGUCCAAGCCCAACCUGCUGGCGGAGAUGACCGGCCUCAGCUUCCUCCCGACGAGGACUAACAGGGAGGCGUGGAGGCUCAACAGGGUCGUGAGGGACCUGGUGCUGGACGUCGUCAGGGAGGGCGGGGACGACGACAGGAACCUACUGAACGCGAUGCUCCGCAGCGCUUCUUCCUCCGGUGGCUGCAGCGGCGACCGCGUGGCGGUGGAGGAGUUCGUCGUGGACAACUGCAAGAACAUCUACUUCGCCGGCUACGAGACCACGGCGGUGACCGCCGCCUGGUGCAUGAUGCUCCUGGCGCUGCACCCGGAGUGGCAGGACCUGGUGCGCGACGAGGUGCGCCAGGCAUGCGGCGGCGGCGACUUCGCGUCCCUGCACAAGAUGAAGAAGCUGACGAUGGUGAUCCAGGAGACGCUGCGGCUGUACCCGGCAGGCGCGGUGGUGUCGAGGCAGGCGCUCCGCGACGUGACCCUCGGCGGCGUGCGCGUGCCGGCGGGCGUCAACAUCUACGUGCCCGUCUCGACUAUGCACCUGGACCCGGAGCUGUGGGGCGCCGACGCGCGGGAGUUCGACCCGGGGCGGUUCGCGGACGACCACCAGCGGCAGCGGCAGCCGCACGCGUACCUCCCCUUCGGCGCCGGCGCGCGCACCUGCCUCGGCCAGGCCUUCGCCAUGGCCGAGCUCAAGGUCCUGCUGGCGCUCGUGCUGUCCAGGUUCCGGCUCGCGCUGUCGCCGGCCUACGUGCACUCGCCGGCGCUCAGGCUCAUCGUGGAGCCCGAGCACGGGGUGCGGCUGCUGCUCACCAACGUGGAGCCCAGGGGUGCUAGCUAGAUGGGCCUCACUGGACCGGGUAUUUAAUUCGGCCCAGUAGUCAAAUAAUCUGCCAUAGUAUAAACUUCGUGAAGCCUGAGUUCGGCAGAGAUUCCGUGAAUAAAAACGAUUACAAAAUCGAUCAGGUUUCCUGGCGUUCGGCAGAGAUUCGUCAAGAAAAACGACGACACCUUUUGCGUGGACAGAAGUCAGGGUUAGGAAGGAACUCAUCAUAAUUGAGAGAUAUCGAUCUCAGCGCGUAGCUAGCGUAGUUGUCGUGGUCGUUGAUCGCUAGUCAGAGACGAGACGAUCAGCUGGAUAGCGACCGGUUUCCAGCGUCCUCGCAUGCGGUAGGAGUAUCGGGUAAUAUGUCCCAUCUACGUGCAUGGUGCAUCUAUAUAUAUCCGGUAAUAAUCCAUGCAUGGAAGUUUUAACGAUAUGUUUAUUUCGGUAGCUGAUCAAUUUCUCGAUCGGCAGAUACGGACGGACACGGGCAGCAAUUCGGUCCCGCGUCCCCCGGACGCGCUCUUCCCAUCGCUGAAGGCCAGAGAGAAGGGUGGCAUGGCUAUAAACAGGCAGCGCUGUCCUCGCGCCUCUCCCUGCCCGGCCCGCGUCGUCGUCGUCCCUCCCGAAACAAAAGAAGCUAUUUUGACACCACACACACACACAGAGGAGAGAAGAUAAGAGAACGAGGGGCAGGGCAGCCAGCGCCGCUAGCUGAAGCAGGGCAGGGCAAGAGAAUCCGUACGUCGAGGUGCAGGUCGUAGGUAGGAUGGACGCGGACCAGCAGGGCGUGGUUGCGGCGGCGGUGAAGCCGGCGCUGGCCAAGGGGACGCCGUCGGCGUCGUUCCGGCUCCGCAACGGGAGCCUGAACGCGGUGCGCCUCCGCCGCGUGUUCGACCUGUUCGACCGCAACGGGGACGGCGAGAUCACCGUGGACGAGCUGGCGCAGGCGCUGGAUGCGCUGGGCCUGGACGCCGACCGCGCCGGGCUGUCCGCCACCGUCGGCGCCUACGUGCCCGACGGCGCCGCGGGCCUCCGCUUCGAGGACUUCGACAAGCUCCACCGCGCGCUCGGGGACGCCUUCUUCGGCGCACUGGGAGGCCAGGACGACGCCACCGCCGCGGCGGACGGCGCCGGCGCCGGCGCCGAGGAGGACGAGCAGGAGAUGCGGGAGGCGUUCAAGGUCUUCGACGUCGAUGGCGACGGCUUCAUCUCCGCCGCUGAGCUGCAGGAGGUGCUCAAGAAGCUCGGCCUCCCCGAGGCCAGCAGCAUGGCCAACGUCCGGGAGAUGAUCUGCAACGUCGACCGCGACAGCGACGGCCGCGUCGACUUCAACGAGUUCAAGUGCAUGAUGCAGGGGAUCACCGUCUGGGGCGCCUGACUGACCUCAUCGUCGUACUGUGUGGCAACUGGCAUGGUGGUCCCGCAUUUCGUCGAGACAGUCCUGCGUCUGCGUCUCUAAUUGAAGAAUUCUUUAGUAUCGUCCUUCACAUCACUGGUCUAGUGGUGAUGAGAAUGCCCUGUCCUGUGUGUGUGUCACAUAACCAUGGUAUGUAAUGUCAUACUGUAAAUUAGGUAUAUGAUGAUGAUGACAGCUGAUAAGAAAAUGUAUCAAACUGGGCUAUUCUAAUCA